CGUGUCGGGAAAAAGGGACUGUAAACAACUCUGCUGAAACUCACGUCGAAUUAAAGUUUUAAGAAUAACCAUCCAGUUUAAAACAUAUAUAAAUUUACAGUUUAUCACAAACUGUAUUUGCGCCAUGGUGAAGUUACGAGCAAGGUGUAUUGUUGUCGGAGAUGCAGCGGUAGGAAAGAGCACCUUGUCUCAGAUGUUCUGCAAUGAUGGUUCCCACUUCCAGAAGAACUACAACAUGACUGCUGGUGUUGAGCUGAUGAUGAAGUCAGUGAACAUUCCAGAAACUAAUGACAGUGUGGAGCUGUAUAUCAUUGACUCUGCAGGUCGUGAACAUUUUGUGGAGGCAUGCGAGAAAAUGUGGGGGCAGCCGUCAGUGGUGUGCAUAGUGUUCGAGAUCAGCAGCCUGGACUCGUUCAAAAGUUGCAGUCGCUGGCUAGAGCGAGUCCGAGCUCACUGCGACGGACUGCAGUUACCAGGUGUGUUAGUGGGGAAUAAGUCAGACCUGGCAUCGAGAAGAGAGGUGGAGACAUCCGUGGCACAGGAGUGGGCACAGGAACAAGGUCUUCAGUACCAUGAGACCUCCACUAAGGAGAUGGAGAACUCUGAUGAACCCUUUCUGAGUUUAGCCCAAGCCUUUUAUGCUCUGUAUCAGGACCGGAGACAGAUGAUACAAAGGCUCGGUUAGGACACCACAGAGACCGACAGGACUGUUUUUGAGCUAAUAUGUACAUUUAUUUAUUCAAUCAUGACCUUUUAAUCGAUCCCACAUGGAUCAGAUUAUAUCCCACUGACAGACAGCAUGUCGUUUUCGUUGGUCAGUUUAAACUCAACACUGCAGCAUUUCCAUGUUGUAUCAAACCAUGUUCACUAUUUCACUAUUUUAAAUAAUGCUUUAUGUGAAUAAAUGGGGGGGGGCACGGUGGCUUAGUGGUUAGCACGUUUGCCUCACACCUCCAGGGUUGGGGGUUCGAUUCCCGCCUCCGCCUUGUGUGUGUGGAGUUUGCAUGCUCUCCCCGUGCCUCGGGGGUUUCCUCCGGGUACUCCGGUUUCCUCCCCCGGUCCAAAGACAUGCAUGGUAGGUUGAUUGGCAUCUCUGGAAAAUUGUCCGUAGUGUGUGAUUGCGUGAGUGAAUGAGUGUGUGUGUGUGUGCCCUGUGAUGGGUUGGCACUCCGUCCAGGGUGUAUCCUGCCUUGAUGCCCAAUGACGCCUGAGAUAGGCACAGGCUCCCCGUGACCCGAGGUAGUUCGGAUAAGCGGUAGAAAAUGAGUGAGUGAGUGAGAGUGAAUACCAUGUAUGCUAAGGAAUUAUGAUUUCCCUUCACUGGAACUAAGGGUUCCAUAUGAUCUAGCAUUAUAAUGCCUCUAUGCACAAAUCAAGGUCCAUGAAGACAUCCUGACCUCAACCCGCACUGAACACCUUGGGAUUCAUUUGAAUGGCAACAUGACCCACGUCUCCUCACUGCCUGUCCUCACUAGUACUCUUGCUCCCCACCCCCCUUAAGGAUCUAGGGGGUUAAUCUGGAAAAAAUAUGUUCAAAAAGUACAUAUAGGAUUGAUAGUCAGGCGCCCACAAAUAUUGUGCUUUGGCCAUAUAACGUAUCUGCUCGAUCUCCCUCGACUCCAUUACUUGUCGAAUAUCACUUAAACUCCAUUUCUAUGGCGAUGAUUCACCACUUUAUCUCAGCAUGAAACCUUCUGCUCCCAUCCCUCUUCCUGCCUACAGCAAAGCAAAUGCUGGAUGACUUCAGACUUUCUCUGACUGAACUAUGACAAGACAGAGCUGGCGUUAUCGUAACUCCUUCCACUGCGGUUCAAAAUUAUAUUUGACACAACACUCUGAAAUAAAAUCUUCACAAUAUUCUG